GACUAGACCAGUGGUUUGCGUUGUUAAAUAUAUAUAUAUAUAUAUACGGCUACGGAUUUUCAUCGUUAUCUGGCGAUACAUACUCUAGAAACAUGUCGGGAGACGACGAGAUGAUAUUUGACCCGAACAUGUCCAAGAAGAAGAAGAAAAAGAAGAAGCCUUUCAUGCUGGACGAAGAAGGAGGGGAGGGUGCUAGUGAGGAUGCUCCCCAGCCAGAAGCUAAGGAGGUGGAGAUGGAGGGAGGAGAGGACAGAGAGUUGGACCUGGAUGAGGAUGAGGGGAGAAGGAAAGAAAUCUCGGAUGACCUGGAUGACUUAAAUUUCUUCAACCAGAAGAAGAAGAAAAAGAAAAAAGCAAAGACAUUUGACAAUGAUGUUGAGGAAGGAAUAAAGGAACUGAAAAUUGAGGCAGAGCCCUCUGAAACCAACGAAGAGGACGACUUGAUGUUAGAGUUAGGAAAAAAGAAAAGGAAGCCCAAAGCUGUGAAUUUUGACAUGGAGGAUGACUUGGAGAGAAAAGAUGACCCCCAGGAAGACGACGAUGGAAAGAACACUGACGACAUCACUUUCAGCAGCACACAAUCAGGCCCUGCUUGGGCGGGCUCUGAGAGAGACUACACGUAUGAUGAGUUACUGAACCGUGUCUUCAACAUCAUGCGCGAGAAGAACCCUGACAUGGUGGCUGGAGAGAAGAGGAAGUUUGUCAUGAAGCCUCCGCAGGUGGUCCGAGUUGGCACAAAGAAGUCGUCCUUUGUGAAUUUCACAGACAUCUGCAAAUUGUUGCAUCGACAGCCAAAACAUCUCCUGGCCUUUUUGUUGGCUGAGCUUGGAACAAGUGGCUCUAUAGAUGGAACUAAUCAGCUCAUCAUCAAAGGAAGAUUUCAGCAGAAACAGAUAGAGAAUGUCUUACGAAGAUAUAUUAAGGAGUAUGUGACGUGCCAUACGUGCCGCUCUCCUGACACCAUCCUGCAGAAAGACACACGACUCUACUUCCUACAGUGCGAGACCUGUCACUCGCGCUGUUCCGUCGCCAGCAUCAAGGCAGGUUUCCAGGCUGUCACGGGCAAGAGGGCACAACUCCGUGCCAAAGCCAAUUAGACCCCAACUACCCCCCCCCCACCCCCCGUGUUUUUUUUCUCAGGAGUGGACAGGAUGGGGCAGGCUGGACGCUUUUAUGGACUGUCUGUGGAUUUGUUACAGCUGCCAAUUGUAAUGAAAUGAAUAAACUGCAUACCUUCUUGG